UAGAAUGGUUCAUUUUUAGCUGAGGGGAAGGUGGCAACGAGGCAUACAAUCAGUAAAGUUGAUCAAGAGGACAGUGAAACUAGCCGGAGAACUAGGGUGGGGGAGGGCCGGAGAGAGAAAGCAAGGGUUACUUAAAUUUAGCAAUAUUCAUACCGCUGGGGUGUAAGUUGCCCAAUCGAAAUAUGAGGUGCGGGGGUUUGAAAUGAUUGCCUGGUGUGGUUUUGAUGAGCGGACACCUGACGGUGGGGGUGGGGGUGUGAAUACUGCGGGGAAACUUUGCCCAGCACCCGGGCGAUCGCUGUCCUUGUGUCCGGCAGAGAGCUGGUUUCGUGCGCCGCACAAGUUGCGGGCGCGGCGUGUCGAGCUGACUUUCAGGAAGCACAUAGCGAGGGUGGAAACGCCGCGGGACAGUGGCCGAGCGAGUAUUUGAUGCGGAGACUCGCGGAAUGAGGGGGAAUGCACGAGGGCGACAAAUGCAAGUGUUGCUUCCCCGAGGACCAUGUGGAUUGCAAUGAAGCAAGUCGGAGAAACUGGCUGAGCCGGGAGUGUCCCGGCCGCUGCUCCCGGGCCGAGCACUGCUGCACGCCAGGCACGGAACCGCAGCCCACACCAGCGCUAGCUUCUGUCCCCUACAAUCCACCAAGAAUUCAUCACCCAACGUUUUACAGAGUGCAUCGUGUCAUCGUUUCCUGGAAUCGCCAUGAGGAGGCUUGUGUCAUGAUCCCCAUGAAGCCAUGAAAUGCAAAUUCAUUUCACGCAGAAGGCUAUGGAGUUUUGGAAAGUGGCAAGAACAGGAUGACACAAAUAUUAAAAUGCAAGGUGGAUAAACCCGAAGUCUGAAAGUACCUACAGACAGCACCCAUUCACCUUUACAGCAUAAAUAUUGUAGUUUAUGGUCUUUAUCAAUGAACAUGUACCAUGAAGUCCCCCAAUUGUUCUUCUUGGUUUCUUGAGGACAAUGAAGAUCACAUUUCUGUCUUCUCUCUGGAAUCCAGUGUAUUUUGCAGUGAAGUGCAUUUGAAUACAAACCCUUUAAACACCUUUAGAAUAAAUGUCGGUGGCAGCAGGUUCAUUCUACCACAUGAAAUACUGUUGUCCUAUCCUGAAACACGCUUGGGAAAACUGGUUACAUGUGAACAUGAUUCUGUUCUGGAUCUAUGCGAUGAUGCCAACUUUGCAGACAAUGAAUAUUUCUUUGAUCGUAGUUCUCAGACAUUCAAGUACAUUAUACAUUAUUAUAAAACUGGAAAGCUGCAUGUAAACGAAGAACUUUGUGCAAUGUCAUUUUUGCAAGAAAUUGAAUACUGGGGAAUAGAUGAACUUAACAUUGACAUUUGCUGCCGAGAAAGAUAUUACAGACGGAAAGAAAUUAAUGAAACUUUAGAUAUAAAGUGCGACACAGAAGUGAUUCAGAAUGAAGAGGAAGAUUUCUCUGGAGUGAUUUGUGAAAAACUAAGGCAAAAGCUGUGGGUCAUAAUGGAAAAACCCGAUUCUUCAAAGCUAGCCAAAACAUUUGGAAUCCUUUCUGUAGCCUUUGUUCUAAUUUCCAUUGCAAAUAUGGCUCUCUAUUCUCUUGAAUAUACUGUACUGGAUCCCCCUUUGUUGAAUGCAGUUGAAUAUUUUUGCAUCACCUGGUUCACUGCGGAAUAUCUACUAAGAUUUCUAUGCAUAAAAAACAAGUGCAAGUUUGUUAAGAGUUUGGUGAAUAUUAUUGACCUCAUUGCUGUGAUCCCAUUUUACAUCACAUUGUCGGUGGAGCAACUUUAUGGAGGUUCGACAGAACUGGAAAAUGUUGGGAAAAUUGUGCAGAUCCUGAGAUUACUGAGAUCACUACGCAUGUUGAAACUUGGCAGACACUCAACAGGUCUGAAAUCCCUAGGAAUGACCAUCGCUCUAUGUUACGAAGAAGUUGGCCUACUUCUGCUUUUUCUCUCUGUGGGUAUUUCCAUCUUCUCUUCAGUGGAGUAUGCCGUGGAGCACACGGUCCCAGGCACAAUGUUCUCCAGCGUCCCUUGUGCAUGGUGGUGGGCAACAACAUCCAUGACUACUGUGGGCUACGGGGAUAUCCGGCCGGAAACCACAAUCGGGAAGAUAAUUGCCUUUUUAUGUAUUUUGACUGGUAUUCUGGUAUUGUCGCUACCCAUUGCUAUUAUCAAUGAUAGGUUCUCCACUUGCUACUUCACCUUGAAGAUGAAAGAUGCAGCCCUUCGACACCACGAUGCUCUGAAGAGGCUCACCAAGAAUACAGCAUUUGACCCGGUUGUCAAUGUUAAUUUGCGAGAUAUUUAUGCUCGCAGCAUUAUGGAGAUGUUGCGGAUCAAGAACAGGGAGAGAGCUAGUACCAGAAGCAGUGCCGGGGAUGACAUAUGGUGACAUCUUUGGGUAUGCUUUCUAGUCUUAAUUAAUCUAGUACAUAACUCUGGAGCUGGUUUUUUAAUAAAAACUACAGUGUCUCAAAAUUGCGUGCAGUUGCUUCAUACACUGACUUUAAAAAGAAACAUUGCAUACAUACUUUUGUUAUUCUUAUUUUCGUUCCAAGUCUCAGUACGAAAAAAAAUGCCAAGAAGGUGUAACCCUCAAUACUAGUACAUGUAAUGAUAUAGCAGUGAUACAAAACAGCUAGCUGAAUGCCUGUUUACAUUCCCAAGAUUAGUAUUGUUGACAGGAGUGGAAAUAGUUUUUUGCUGUUCACAAGAUCAGUAUUUUGCAGGCUAAUGUAUCUGAUAAUGAAUAUUUGGGGAAAUGCCAGUGCUCUUCAAAUUUACACCAUCCAUAUUGUAAUCUUUGUCAAUGUUCAAGCUUGAAGCUUAUGGGUGUUUAACUGAGACUGACCAUGAUUGUCCAUUGAAGUGAAUGGAUCCAAACCCUGCACUACUGUGCACAGUGGUGCAGCGGUAGAGUUGCUGCCUUACAGUGAAUGCAGCAGCGGAGACCCGGGUUCGAUCCGCAUGACCUUCGUGAGUUUUCUCCGAGAUCUUCGGUUUCCUCCCACACUCCAAAGACGUACAGGUAUGUAGGUUAAUUGGCAUGGAAAAUGUAAACAUUGUCCCUAGUGAGUAUAGGAUAGUGUGUGCAUUAAUGUGCGGGAAUCGCUGGUCGGCGCGGACCCAGUGGGCCGAAAGGGCAUGUUUCCACGCUCUAUCUCUAAAUUAUUUAUUGUGUCCAUUAUUUCUUGAAUUUGUUUAAACCGAACAUUGUCAGCAAGUUACUUUGAGUCUAAUAUUUUUAGAAACUGAUUAUUAGCAGAAGAGAGUUUUGUAUUAGAUUUUAUAAGCCAGCAGGAUAUCAAAGGUGAAUGUAGCACCGUAUGCUAUCUGUCUUUUUCUGUGAUUGCUGAAUACACGUCUUAAACCUAGACCAAAUACCGUAAAUAAAAAAAAUAAUUAAUCAAGAGUAAUUUUCAGAUAUGCAACAUUGAAUGAUGUUAUAAAGUAUUGUUAGAUUGGCUGCAACAUAUCUGUAACUUCCAGAAAUGUUUUUCUUUAUCAGAAUAAAAUAAUGAAUCAGUGCU